CUACUCUUUUACUUCGUUCCUCGAAGAAACAUUUGCAAAAUUAUAAAUUUAAUGAUUAUUAAUUGAAUUUUUGAUUUUCUCAACUUAUUAACUAUAGUUUAAGAAUCAAAAUCCUUUAAGGAGCAAGAGAACAGACAUUUAUAUACAGCUAUUCAGGAAGUGAGGACGACAACAAGCUUCUGGCACAACUAAUUAGCAUUUGUGUUGUUUACUACAUUGGAAUACACAUUGGUUUGUUCACACAACCAACAGGCUAAUUACAUACAACAGCAAUAAUGGGUGUACCGAAAUUCUUCCGAUACAUUAGUGAAAGGUAUCCUUGCCUUAGUGAAUUGGCACGGGAACAAUGUGUUCCCGAUUUCGAUAAUUUAUACUUGGAUAUGAAUGGAAUUAUACACAACUGUUCACAUCCAGAUGACACCAACAUUCAUUUCAACAUCACCGAAGAGGAUAUGUUUAAGGAUAUUUUUAACUACAUUGACAAGUUAUUUUUCUUAAUCAAACCACAAAAAUUAUUCUUCAUGGCUAUAGAUGGCGUGGCACCUCGUGCCAAAAUGAAUCAACAGCGUAGUAGACGCUUUCGCUCGGCCAAAGAAGCCGAAACUUUGGAACGUUUAGCCCUGAGCCGGGGUGAGGUGAGAGAACAUGAACGGUUCGAUAGUAACUGUAUAACACCAGGUACUGAAUUCAUGGAACGUUUGCAUGAGGCUUUACGCUACUUCAUAAAAAGUAAAAUUAGUGCUGAUCCUAUGUGGCAAAAGUGUAGGGUUAUACUGAGCGGUCAUAAUGCUCCUGGAGAGGGUGAACAUAAAAUUAUGGAUUACAUACGCUAUCUGAAAUCUCAAAAUGAUUUUGAUCCCAACACAAGACAUUGCCUUUAUGGUUUAGAUGCUGAUUUAAUAAUAUUGGGAUUAUGCACGCACGAAUUGCAUUUCGUAGUAUUGCGUGAAGAAGUCAAAUUUGGACGAAAGAAUAAAAAAGCCUCAGUCGAAGAGACGCGGUUCUUCUUAUUACAUUUGCGACUGUUGAGGGAAUACUUAGAACUGGAAUUCGAUGAGUUAAAACAAUAUCCAAGUUUUGACAUAGCCAAACUUAUUGAUGAUUGGGUGCUGAUGGGCUUUCUUGUUGGCAAUGAUUUUAUACCACAUUUGCCAUUCCUAAAUAUAUCAUCGAAUGCAUUACCUCUCCUCUACAAAACAUAUAAGAAAGUCUAUCCGGAAUUAAGAGGAAAUAUAAAUGAGAAUGGCAGCCUAAACUUGGAGCGUUUGGAAAAAUACUUUGAGGCUUUAUCAGAGGUUGAAUUCGAAAAUUUCCAAGAAAACUAUGCUGAUCUGAAGUAUUUUAAUACUAAACAGAAUGGUGUCGAUGAGGCAUUUGACUUUGAUGUCAGCGAAAUUAAUGCCGAAAAGGUUGAUGAUGAUUUGGCGGCACUGAUUGAAAGUAGUAAACAGUUCUUGGAUGACGAAGAAGAUUUGUCUGAUGAAGAAGGCCAGCAUAUCACAGACGAAUUUGAGAACUUCAAGCGCAACUAUUACAUGAACAAAUUGAAUCAGGAAAAUAGUGACAGUGCAUAUAAAAAGGAACAGGCAAUUUGCUACAUAACGGCCUUGCAAUGGAUACUAGACUACUAUUACCGAGGAGUGCGUUCCUGGGGAUGGUAUUACCCACAUCAUUAUGCACCAUUUAUAAGCGAUUUGAAGAACUUUAAAGAUCAUGUAAUUAAAUUUGAUAUGGGUAAACCUUUCUUACCCUUUCAACAGUUAUUGGCAGUUUUGCCGGCAGCUAGUAAAGCACUAUUACCCACGGCGUAUAGAGAUCUCAUGACGAGUCCCCAAAGUGAACUAAUAGAUUUUUAUCCCGAAGAUUUUGAAACUGAUCUCAAUGGAAAAAUGAACGAAUGGGAAGCGGUUGUGCUCAUACCUUUCAUAGACGAAAAACUCUUGUUGCAGGCUAUGGAGCCAUGCGAUCAAAACUUAUCGCCUGACGAAUAUAAACGCAAUCAACAUGGCCCGAUGUUGCAGUAUGAUUACAAUCCUGAAUCGCAGGGGCAAUCCCCUGGGAUUUAUUCUCUAAAGGCUUUGUACCAUGUCUAUUGUACUGAAAAACCUUUUUGGUCAAGGGAUAUAAUGGUACCAGCAGACCGAACUGUAUGUAAAGAAUUACCGAAUGCUGCGCGGUCGGUAUUCUUUCCGGGAUUUCCUACUAUGAAGCAUUUAGAUUAUAAGUUUGAAUUGAGAUGUGCUCGGGUUAAAGUAUUCGAUUAUCCUGCACGCAAUGAAAAUAUGAUAUUGCAGCCAAUGGCUCGUAAAAAUUUGGAUGAUGUUUUCGCUGUUGCUGAGCAAAUGCUUAACCAAACUGUUUACAUAGGAUGGCCCCACUUGAUCAAAGCUAAGGUUGUGGGAAUAUCAAACAAAGAAAAGUACAUCGACACGGACGGUAUUAAGGAUAUGGAGCCUAAAAUAUACGAUUUACACUUGAGAGCUGUGCAGGAACAUUUAAUGACACGCAUGGGUAUAGAAUUCGCAGAUUUGUCAGUGCUGGUUCAUGUGCGCACCUAUGUUGGAUCGUCGUACAUUUGUGGCAGCCAGGGUAAGGUGUCGCUGAGCGAAAUGUGGAGCACAACAACAACAGCUUAUCCAGCACAAGGAGUUGUCUCACAAAUUGCCGUGCAAAACACUUUAACCAACCAAGUCAAAAAGAUCGAACAACUAUUUCCGGAAAAUAGUCGCAUAUUCUUUGUUGGGAAUCCUUACUAUGGCAGUGAGGGAGUUGUUAUGAAUCCCAUGUUAGUAUACGAAUGCGGCAGACUCAAAGUAAACAUAACUGUAUUGCCUGAACCAAAUUUCGCAGAAGCAAAAUACAUACAAAAUCAGCUCGAAAAUGAGUACAUACCCUCCCAUCAAGCUGCUGUUCAAAUUGGCAUACAGAUAAAGUGUCUGGCUCGCCUAACCGGCUCCGUGUUGGUUGUAAAGGGAGCCCGACGUCCCAAAUCAGAUCUUCCAAACAACUUGGCCAAAAUAAACAUAGGUUUACAAUUUAAGUACUUCAAAUCAAACGAAGAACUUGUGGGUUACACACGGCGCAUUCAUAACCAGUGGUUUAUGUCUUCUAAGGCAAUCGCCUUAGUACAAUCAUAUGUGGAAAAAUUCCCCUUAAUAAUUGAAUACUUAAGCACUUCCAACGAUCGCAGCGAUCUUUUGUUCGAACAGGAUAUUUUUCCCAAUGAUGUGGGAGAGGGAAAGCUGGAAGCUAUAGCAGCAUGGCUUAAAGACCAACCGCACUCAAAGGCGGAGAAAAUAGCUUGCGGCUCAAAAACUAUGGAAAAAGAAGCUGUGGAGAAAGUUUUGGAAGCCAUGGAGGAAUUAAAGACUCUGCCCGUUAAGACUGUGAAGUUGCAGGUUAAACCUCAUCUUUUGCUAAAACCAGAUGUUAGUUUACCUAGCAUUUAUAAGCCGAAACGAUCUAUAAAACUAUUUGAUCGUGUGGUUGUGGUUAAAACCACUUAUAUGGUUCCUCUAGGUUCGAAAGGCACAGUGAUUGGAGUAUAUCCAGUAAGCGAUCCAAAUCCUGUGCGUUUGGAAUGUGUUAGGGCUGUGGAAAACUUCUAUGAAGUCCUCUUUGAUAAAACUUUGCCAAAUGGUAAUGAUGUGCAUGGCAUUGCAGAACAACGUGUGUACAAAGUUCCCGAAUCUUCCGUCCUAUUAAUAUUUACUCAAGGUAACAACAAUGAACAAUUUUACGAAGCGAAACUGCAAUUAGAAGAGAGUAGAAACGACAGCGUGAAAUUGAAAUCUCAAUCAGUGGGAAAUAAUACAAAUACCACUACCGUUGUUAGCAACGAAACGAAAGUACCCCAAAUUGUACAAAAAGGUAGCAAUGACUUCUGGAUGCCCUCGCUAAAUACGAAAAUUAAGCAUUCUGGCAAUGGUGGAAUGACAAAUCGUACCACUUCCUCCUCUGGAGUUGCAAACACAGCAACACAAGAAGCACAAACAAAUCAGCUAAAAAUACUUCAAAACCCACUUCAUUUGAAUCAAAUAAACGAUAGCGUCGUAACAGGAACAGCAGAAUGUCAAGAAUUUCAAGAUGGCACGCAUGCAUUGAAGUCUUUGUUGGGUAUUGUCCCAUCGCAGUCUCCUUUAUAUCAAACACAAACUUCGCCAAAUGUAUCCAAGGCACAAUUACCCAAACCUCCAACCAGUUGGAGAGCUGAUGCUCAAAAGUUUCCCCUGCCUCAAACAUAUCCGCAAUUACCACUACACCAACCACCAUUUAGCCAGGGAAAUGCUCCGGUAGCAGUAAUCGGCGGCAACGUAAUUCCUCUGCCUACGCCCACAUGUAAAGAUCAAAAUCCACCGCAAUUCGUUUUUAAUUCCAAUAGUUUGAAUCAAAAGGGUGCAUUUAUACCCUUACAAGUUGCUCGUGGUAAUAGCCAAACGUCGGAGGCACCAGUUCCAGGUACUGCUUUAACGAUCAACAACAGUAAUAUUGUUAGCAGUGUGACGGCUUCCUGUGCCACAAAUGUUUUAACACAAAAUCUCUCCCAAUUGGCAGUUAGUACUGGUGGAAAUGAGGUAAAUGUUUCAUCAGGACAUCCAGGCGCCACUGUUACAAGUGUCGAAAAGACUGCUUAUGGGCGGAAGAAACCACCUCGUGUUCCGAAAAUCGGUGCAAAAUUUGAUGUUGCCUAUUAAUGCUAUCCAAAGUUAACUCCAACGAUGUGGAACAUUUUUUCAUAUAUUUCGCUCAACAAGUAUAGGCGUUUUAAUGGUUGUUCUUCAAACGCAAUCAUCGUUACAACAAUGUUUAUAGUUUAUUUUUGCGCUCAUAAAAAAUGAGUUUAAAAAAAAAACAAAUGUAAAGAUCAAACAAUUGAAUACUGUAUAUAAAUAAAAACGAUUGUAGUAAAAAAAAUCACAAA